AUGGUAUCCCCAUGGCCAACGGCUCCUCCGAUUGGGGAUGAUACCGAAAGCGUUCGCGGCUUAAUAGACAAUUUCAAAGAACAGUACGGACAUGUCUUUUCGCACACGACUGAAAAUCCGACCGCGUCGGCCCCUGCGGGCUAUGUCAUGGGUUUGAUGUUUCAAGCCAACAGGGUGAUUUCGCUGAUGGCCGAGAAGAUGAAGAAUUCUUCAGACCCUCAAUUGGCGCAUCUAUUUGACUCAGAGUUGUCAUCUACGACAGAGGCAUCGCCUGCUGUGGAAACAUCAGUCGUCGAACAAUGCGCUGUCGAUGCCUCUAAGCCCAGCUGGUCGGAGAAACACAGCCCAGGAACUAUGAUAAAGCUUGCCUGGGACAUGGAAUAUCCACUUCAUCCCUAUACACCUUCCGCAUUCCAGGAAAUGGCACACGCUGAUGUUCUCAAAGAGUUCGAGGCUGCGCUGCAUCAGAGUUGCGACAAGAAAUCCCAUCUUUGGAUGCCAUUCCUACAGCAUGGCGACUAUGUUCGAUUCGCAGAGGACUAUCAACCAAUUAUCGAUCGAUACUUGACUGUCUCUGCUGGGUAUGAAGCGCCGAUCGAAAUUGUCUGGAACUUAUACGAUAAUCUCUACGUGCCAGGUGUAAAGUGGAGAUUUCAAAACCAUCCCGCAAGUUUCCUUUUCAAGAGCUUCCACUUGGCGCUGGAAAGGUCUGGGAACCCCGAACUCGCUAAAAUCCGUGCUACUAUGGCGAUGCGUCGUUGUUCCAGGGGGAUUAACAUAUACGUUGAUUCCCGAGAAAAGCGGGAUAUCAUACUUCGAAAUACCUCACUCUGGGUUCCUCACAGGGAAUGGUUGGUGAGGGCCCAAAUCGCGUCUGUUUGCGGCCAGGCCAUGUAUUUGAAGGCACCCAAUGCUCCACCGAUGCCCGGUCCAGACUCACAGGCGAAUAUUUCAAAUGGAUCUUCGACCGGUGUCAAGGCUAAACCUACACCUGAUCAUUUGAAUGGCCAAUCUGCUGUCCCUCAACAAUCUGGUCCUCAACCCCAAGGCCCGCAUAGCCCCCCAGAAGGGCCAUGGCUGAAGCGAAAGCGACAAAAGCUUCGCAGCCAAGAGAAAGCCAGCGAAAAAUACGAGGCAUGGAAAAAGGCUCUACGCGAUGACCCAAAUGCUCGCAGUUACAAACCAUACAUGUGA